AUGCAAAUGAUAGCAUCACAUAACAACCCCACCCCAUUCUCUCUCUUUCCUUCACCCCGCCCCAUUCUCCCGCUUUCCAUCACCCCACCCCAUUCUCGCGCUUUCCAUCAUCCCGCCCCAUUCUCCCGCAUUCCAUCACCCCGCCCCAUUCUCCCUCAUUCCAUCACCCCGCCCCAUUCUCCCUAUUUCCAUCACCCCGCCCCAUUCUCUUGCUUUCCAUCAGCCCGUCCCAUUCUCCCUCCCUCCAUCACCCCGCCCUAUUCUCCCUCUUUCCAUCACCCCGCCCCAUUCUCCCGCUUUCCAUCACCCCGCCCCAUUCUCCCUCUUUCCAUCACCCCGCCCCAUUCUCCCGCUUUCCAUCACCCCGCCCCAUUCUCCAUCUUUCCAUCACCCCGCCCUAUUCUCCCUCUUUCCAUCACCCCGCCCCAUUCUCCCGCUUUCCAUCACCCCGCCCCAUUCUCCCUCUUUCCAUCACCCCGCCCCAUUCUCCAUCUUUCCAUCACCCCGCCCCAUUCUCCUACUUUCCAUCACCCCGCCCCAUUCUCCCGCUUUCCAUCACCCUGCCCCAUUCUCCCGCAUUCCAUCACCCCCCCUAUUCUCUCACUUUCCAUCAACCCGGCCUAUUCUCCCUCUUUCCAUCACCGUGCCCCAUUCUCCCGCUUUCCAUCACCCCACCCCAUUCUCCCUCUUUCCAUCACCCUGCCCCAUUCUCCCGCUAUCUGUCACCCCGCCCCAAUCUCCCGCUUUCCAUCACCCCGCCCCAUUCUCCCGCUUAUCAUCACCCCGCCCCAUUCUCUCGCUUCCCAUCACCCCGCCCCAUUUUCCCCCUUUCCAUCACCCCGCCCCAUUCUCCCGCUUUCCAUCACCCUGCCCCAUUCUCCCGCGUUCCAUCACCCCUCCCCAUUCUCCCGCUUUCAAUCACCCCGCCCCAUUCUCCCGCUUUCCAUCACCCCGCCUGAUUCUCACGCUUUCCAUCACCCCGCCCCAUUCUCCCGCUUUCCAUCACCCCGCCACAUUCUCCCGCUUUCCAUCACCCCGCCCCAUUCUCCCGCUUUCCAUCACCCUGCCCCAUUCCCUUGCUUUCCAUCACCCCGCCCCAUUAUCCAGCUUUCCAUCACCCCGCCCCCCUCUCCCGCUUUCCAUCACCUCGCCCAAUUCUCCCUCUUUCCUUCACCCCGCCCCAUUCUCCCGCUUUCCAUCACCCCGCCCCAAUCUCGCGCUUUCCGUCACCCAGCCCCAUUCUCCCACUUUCCACCACCCUACCCCAUUCUCCCGCUUUUCAUCACCCCGCCCCAUUUUCCCGCUUUCCAUCACCCCGCCCCAUUCUCCCUAUUUCCAUCACUCCGCCCCAUACUCCCGUUUUCCAUCACCCCGCCCCAUUCUCCCUCUUUCCAUCACCCGGCCCCAUUCUCCUUAUUUCCAUCACCCCGCCCCAUUCUCCCGCUUUUCAUCACCCCGCCCCAGUCUCCCUCCUUCCAUCACCCCGCCCCAUUCUCCCUCUUUCCAUCACCCCACCCAAUUCUCCCUCUUAUCAUCACCCCGCCCCAUUCUCCCGCUUUCCAUCACCCCGCCCCAUUCUCCCUCUUUCCAUCACCCCGCCCCAUUCUCCUGCUUUUCAUCACCCCGCCCCAGUCUCCCUCUUUCCAUCACCCCGCCCCAUUCUCCCUCUUUCCAUCACCCCGCCCCAUUCUCCCGCUUUUCAUCACCCCGCCCCAGUCUCCCUCUUUCCAUCACCCCGCCCCAUUCUCCCUCUUUCCAUCACCCCACCCAAUUCUCCCUCUUAUCAUCACCCCGCCCCAUUCUCCCGCUUUCCAUCACCCCGCCCCAUUCUCCCUCUUUCCAUCACCCCGCCCCAUUCUCCCGCUUUUCAUCACCCCGCCCCAGUCUCCCUCUUUCCAUCACCCCGCCCCAUUCUCCCUCUUUCCAUCACCCCGCCCAAUUCUCCCGCUUUCCAUCACCCCGCCCCAUUCUCUCGAUUUCCAUCACUCUGCCCCAUUCUCCCACUUUCCAUCACCCCGCCCAAAUCUCCCGCUCUCCCACACCCCGCCCCAUUCUCCCGCUCACUGUCACCCUGCCCCAUUCUCCCUCUCUCCGUCUUCCCGCCCCAUUCUCCCGCCUUCCAUCACCCCGCCCCAUUCUCCCUCUUUCCAUCACCCCGCCCCAUUCUCCCGCUCUCCAUCUGUCAUAAUCCCCAUUCUCCCGCUUUCCAUCACCCCACCCCAUUAUGACGCUUUUCAUCACCCCGCUCCAUUCUCCCGCUUUCCAUCACCCCGCACCAUUCUCCCGCUUUCUACACCCCGCCCCAAUCUCGCGCUUUCCAUCACCACGCCCCAUUCUCCCGCUUUCCAUCACCCCGCCCCGUUCUCCUGCUUUCCAUCACCCCGACCCGUUCACCUGCUUUUCAUGACCCCACCCCAUUCUCCCGCUUUCCAUCAACCCGCCCCAUUCUCCUGCUUUCCAUCACCCCGCCCCAUUCUCCCACUUUCCAUCACCCCGCCCUGUUCUCCCGCUUUCCACCACCCAGCCCCAUUCUCCCUAUUUCCAUCACUCUGCCCCAUUCUCCCACUUUCCAUCACCCCGCCCCAUCCUCCCUCUUUCCAUCACCCCUCCCCAUACUCCCUAUUUAAAUCACCCCGCCCCAUUCUCCCGCUUUCCAUCACCCCGCCCCAUUCUCCAUCUUUCCAUCACCCCGCCCCAUUCUCCCUCUUUCCAUCACCCCGCCCCAUUCUCCCUCUUUCCAUCACCCCACCCCAUUCUCCCGCUUUCCAUUUCCCCGCCCCAUUCUCCCGCUUUCCAUCAUCCCGCCCCAUACUCUUGCUUUCCAUCACCCCGCCCCAUUCUCCCUCUUUCCAUCACCCCGCCCAAUUCUCCCGCUUUCCAUCACCCCACCCCAUUCUCUCAAUUUCCAUCACUCUGCCCCAUUCUCCCACUUUCCAUCACCCCGCCCAAUUCUCCCGCUCUCCCAAAUCCCGCCCCAUUCUCCCGCUCACCCCCCAUUCUCCCUAUUUCCAUCACUCUGCCCCAUUCUCCCACUUUCCAUCACCCCGCCCCAUCCUCCCUCUUUCCAUCACCCCUCCCCAUACUCCCUAUUUAAAUCACCCCGCCCCAUUCUCCCGCUUUCCAUCACCCCGCCCCAUUCUCCAUCUUUCCAUCACCCCGCCCCAUUCUCCCUCUUUCCAUCACCCCGCCCCAUUCUCCCUCUUUCCAUCACCCCACCCCAUUCUCCCGCUUUCCAUUUCCCCGCCCCAUUCUCCCGCUUUCCAUCAUCCCGCCCCAUACUCUUGCUUUCCAUCACCCCGCCCCAUUCUCCCUCUUUCCAUCACCCCGCCCAAUUCUCCCGCUUUCCAUCACCCCACCCCAUUCUCUCAAUUUCCAUCACUCUGCCCCAUUCUCCCACUUUCCAUCACCCCGCCCAAUUCUCCCGCUCUCCCAAAUCCCGCCCCAUUCUCCCGCUCACCGUCACCCUGCCCCAUUCUCCCGCUCUCCGUCUUCCCGCCCCAUUCUCCCGCCUUCCAUCACCCCACCCCAUUCUCCCUCUUUCCAUCACCGCGCCCCAUUUUCCCUCUUUCCAUCACCCCGCCCCAUUCUUCCGCUUUCCAUCACCCCGCCCCAUUCUCCCUCUUUCCAUCACCCCGCCCCAUUCUCCCUCUUUCCAUCACCCCACCCCAUUCUCCCGCUUUCCAUCAACCCGCCCCAUUCUCCUGCUUUCCAUCACCCCGCCCCAUUCUCCCGCUUUCUUUCACCCCGCCCUGUUCUCCCGCUUUCCACCACCCAGCCCCAUUCUCCCUAUUUCCAUCACUCUGCCCCAUUCUCCCGCUUUCCAUCACCCCGCCCCAUCCUCCCUCUUUCCAUCACCCCUCCCCAUACUCCCUAUUUAAAUCACCCCGCCCUAUUCUCCCGCUUUCCAUCACCCCGCCCCAUUCUCCUUCUUUCCAUCACCCCGCCCCAUUCUCCCUCUUUCCAUCACCCCGCCCAAUUCUCCCGCUUUCCAUCACCCCACCCCAUUCUCUCAAUUUCCAUCACUCUGCCCCAUUCUCCCACUUUCCAUCACCACGCCCAAUUCUCCCGCUCUCCCAAAUCCCGCCCCAUUCUCCCGCUCACCGUCACCCUGCCCCAUUCUCCCGCUCUCCGUCUUCCCACCCCAUUCUCCCGCCUUCCAUCACCCCACCCCAUUCUCCCUCUUUCCAUUACCCCACCCCAUUCUCCCUCUUUCCAUCACCCCGCCCCAUUCUUCCCCUUUCCAUCACCCCGCCCCGUUCUCCCUCUUUCCAUCACCCCGCCCCAUUCUCUCUCUUUCCAUCACCCCACCCCAUUCUCCCGCUUUCCAUCACCCUGCCUCAUUCUCCCGCCUUCCAUCACCCCGCCCUAUUCUCUCACUUUCAAUCACCCCACCUCAUUCUCCAGCUUACCAUCAACCCGCCCCAUUCUCCCGCUUUCCAUCACCCCACCCCAUUCUCCCGCUUUCGAUCACCCCACCCCAUUCUCCCUCCUUCCAUCACCCCGCCCCAUUCUCCCGCUCUCCAUCACCCCGCCCAAUUCUCCCACUUUCCAUCACCCCGUCCUAUUCUCCCACUUUCCAUCAACCCGACCCAUUCUCCCUCUUUCCACCACCCGGCCCCAUUCUCCCUCCUUCCAUCACCCCACCCCAUUCUCCCAUCUUCCAUCACCCCGCCCCAUUCUCCUGCUUUCCAUCAUCCCGCCCCAUUGUCCCGCUUUCCAUCAACCCACCCCUUUCUCCCGCUUUCCAUGACCCUGCCCCAUUCUCCCGCUUUCCAUCACCCCGCCCCAUUCUUCCGCUUUCCAUCACCCCGCCCCAUUCUUCCGCUUUCCAUCACCCUGCCCCAUUCUCCCGCUUUCCAUCACCCUGCCCCAUUCUCCCGCUUUCCAUCAUUUCUCCCCUUUCUCCUGCUUUCCAUCACCCCGCCCCAUUCUUUUGCUUUCCAUCAUCCCGCCCCAUUCUCCCGUUUUCCAUCACCCCGCCCCAUUCUCCCGCUUUCUAUCACCUCGUCCCAUUCUCCCGCUUUCCAUCAGUCUACCCCAUUCUCCCUGCUUUCCAUCACCCCGCCCCAUUCGCUUGCUUUCCAUCACCCGGCCCCAUUCUCCCUGUUUCCAUCACCCCGCCCCAUUCUCCCGCUUUCCAUCACCCCGCCCCAUUCUCCCUCUUUCCAUCACCCUGCCCCAUUCUUCCUCUUUCCAUCACCCCGCCCCAUUCUCCCGCUUUCCAUCACCCCGCCCCAUUCUCCCGCUUUCCAUCACCCCGCCCCAUUCUCCCUCUUUCCAUCACCCCGCCCCAUUCUCCCUCUUUCCAUCACCCCACCCCAUUCUCCCGCUUUCCAUCAUCCCGCCCCAUUCUCUUGCUUUCAAUCACCCCACCCCAUUCUCCCUCUUUCCAUCACCCCGCCCAAUUCUCCCGCUUUCCAUCACCCCGCCCCAUUCUCUCGAUUUCCAUCACUCUGCCCCAUUCUCCCACUUUCCAUCACCCCGCCCCAUUCUCCCGCUCUCCCACACCCCGCCCCAUUCUCCCGCUCACUGUCACCCUGCCCCAUUCUCCCGCUCUCGGUCUUCCCGCCCCAUUCUCCCGCCUUCCAUCACCCCGCCCCAUUCUCCCUCUUUCCAUCACCCCGCCCCAUUCUCCCUCUUUCCAUCACCCCGCCCCAUUCUCCCGCUUUCCAUCACCCCGCCCCAUUCUCCCUCUUUUCAUCACCUCGCCCCAUUCUCCAGCUUUCCAUCACCCUACGUCAUUCUCCCGCCUUCCAUCACCCCGUCCCAUUCUCCCACUUUCCAUCACCCCACCCCAUUCUCCAGCUUUCCAUCACCCCGCCCCAUUCUCCUGCUUUCCAUCACCCCGCCCUAUUCUCCCGCUUUCGAUCACCCCGCCCCAUUCUCCCUCCUUCCAUCACCCCGCCCCAUUCUCCCGCUUUCCAUCACCCCGCCCAAUUCUUCCACUUUCCAUCACCCUGCCCCAUGCUCCCACUUUCCAUCAACCCGACCAAUUCUCCCUCUUUCCAUCACCCCGCCCCAUUCUCCCUCCUUCCAUCACCCCGCCCCAUUCUCCCUCCUUCCAUCACCGCGCCCCAUUCUCCCGCUUUCCAUCAUCCCGCCCCAUUCUCCCGCUUUCCAUCACCCCGCCCCUUUUUCCCGCUAUCCAUCACCCCGCCCCAUUCUCCCGCUUUCCUUCACCCCGCCCCAUUCUCCCACUUUCCAUCACCCCGCCCCAUUCUCCCGCUUUCCAUCACCCCGCCCCAUUCUCCCGCUUUUAAUCACCCCGCCCCAUUCUCCCGCUUUCCAUCAUUUCUCCCCAUUCUCUCGCUUUCCAUCACCCCGCCCCGUUCUCUUGCUUUCCAUCACCCCGCCCCAUUCUCCCGUUUUCCAUCACCCCGCCCCAUUCUCCCGCUUUCUAUCACCUCGUCCCAUUCUCCCGCUUUCCAUCAGUCUGCCCCAUUCUCCCCGCUUUCCAUCACCCCGCCCCAUUCGCCCGCUUUCCAUCACCCGGCCCCAUUCUCCCUCUUUCCAUCACCCCGCCCCAUUCUCCCGCUUUCCAUCACCCUGCCCCAUUCUCCCUCUUUCCAUCACCCUGCCCCAUUCUUCUUCUUUCCAUCACCCCGCUUCAUUCUCCCGCUUUCCAUCACCCUGCCCAUUCUCCCGCUUUCCAUCACCCCUCACGAUUCCACCGCUUUCCAUCACCCUUCCCCAUUCUCCCGCUUUCCAUCACCCCGCCCAAUUCUCGCUCUUUCUAUCACCCCGCCCCAUUCUCCAUCUUUCCAUCACCCCGCCCCAUUCUCCCGCUUUCCAUCACCCCGCCCCAUUCUCCCUUUUUCCAUCUCCCUGCCCCAUUCUCCCGCUUUCCAUCACCGUGCCACAUUCUCCUGUUUUCCAUCACCCCGCCCCAUUCUCCCGCUUUCCAUCACCCCGCCCCAUUCUCCCGCUUUCCAUCGCCCCGCCCCAUUCUCCCGCUUUCCAUCACCCCGCCCCAUUCUCCCUCUUUCCAUCACCGCGCCCCAUUUUCCCGCUUUGAAAUCAGCAUCGCGAGUAGUCCGGGAAGGUCGUGUCCUUGUUGCGGUAGCCAGCUAG